AUGCAACCGAUAGUAACAUUCACUGUUAUUAUUGUAUAUAUUUGUUGUAUUGGAAUUGUUUUACCAACAUCAAUAUUGGCUCAACGUAUGCCUUGGCCAUGUUAUGGCAGUUGUUUAUGCUCAACGGAUUUAAAUGACGAGACUGGUCUAACAGUGAACUGUAAAUGGUCUCGUAUUGCAUCAGAAACUCGUCAAUUUGCCCACAUUCCAAAGGAAACAAUUCGAAGUUUAAGUAUUGAAUGUACUGGCGAUAAUAUUUCUGAAUUUUCCAACUAUUCAUUUGCAGAAUUUCAAAAUCUGUUGAAUCUUCGAAUAGAGAACUGUCAAAGUCGUCAGUUGCCAUCCAAACUGUUCCAUGGUCUUCGGAAUCUUCGAUCACUUUAUUUGAUUAAACUUGGCCUACCAAAGUUGUCGUUAACAUUAAACAACGGUAUCUUUGAUGACUUGGAACGGCUGGAAAAAUUUCAUGUUGUUGAUUCGCAUGUUGAGGCAUUUCCGGACGGUGCUCUAUGCCCCACCAAACGUUUGCAGGUGCUAAAUGUAUCCUCAAACUGGUUUACAUCGGUUAGCGCAAUUUUGAAAUCAUCUGAUUGCGAAUCUGGUGAACUGAUCAUCGUCGAUCUUAGUAACAAUCGUAUUCCAUCUAUACGUUUCACAGAUUUUUCAUCAUUAACAGCAGUUCGUCAACUUUCAUUGGCUGAUAAUCGUAUUGAAAAUAUUGACAAUGAUUCUCUGUUGGACAUAAAUUUGGCAAACAAUCGGUUAACAUCGGUUCCGGAAUCUGUGCUAUUCUUAAAAAACUUGCUGUCUCUAAACCUCAGUUAUAAUGCCAUUGAAGGAAACACUGCCUGGGAGCUACAGUCUGUUCGUCUACGAACUUUAGACUUAAGCCAUAAUAAUUUGGAAGAGUUUCCAGAAAUGCUGCUGCAGAAUGUUAUGGAAAAUUUAGUUGAAUUUUCAAUUGCAUUCAAUCGAUUAUCACGAUUACCCUCCGAGUCUUUCAUUAAUGCAAAACGAUUAGAAAAGCUGGACCUUUCGCAUAAUUUAUUGGCAGACAUCGGGAACAGGAGUUUUGAUGUCCCAAAACUUAACUAUUUAAACUUUAGUCAUAAUCAGCUGUCAAAUAUUCCAUCUGAAGUGAUCGUAGAAGCAGCAAGCUUGUUCACUUUUGACCUUUCCUAUAAUCAGUUUUCUGAAGUUCCAGUUGUUGUCAGAAAAUUAAUCAUACUACAAACAUUGGACUUAUCUCACAAUCAAAUAAAAGAAGUAACUCGAUAUCUGUUUAACAAUUUGGCAUCGUUGCAGUUCAUCUCCAUAUCCCACAAUAAACUGUCAAAGGUGGAUUCUUAUGUCUUUCAAGAUUCACGCCAUCUCAACACACUGUUAUUGUCGCAUAAUUCAAUUGAGUCAUUAGCAUCUGACGGAUUUGCCAAAUGUGUUGAACUUGAACAUUUGGAUUUAUCCGGCAAUCAUAUAAAAUCUACAAAUCGCUCGUUGCUGGCUGUGAACAGUUUAGUGUCUGUAAAUCUGAGUUAUAAUUUGCUGGCUGUAUUAGAGUGGACUGAAUUACCUGAAAGUUUAAAAACGUUGGACGUCUCAAACAAUCGGAUUGCUGUAUUGAGCAUGGCAUAUGAUUCAAGGAUAAGAAAUGUCAAGUUAAACAACAACGAACUGCAAUCGUUGUCACCGUCCAGCAUUCCCAACUCGAUAGAAGUGUUUAGUGUAAAUUCGAAUCGAAUUGAGUUUGUUUACCCAGGAACUUUUGAAAACAAAACCAAUUUGAAAUUAGUUCACAUGCAAAACAACAAGCUCAAGGUAAUAUCCAAGUCUGCAUUUGGUCUGUCCAGAAAAUUUCUACCUCCAACUCAUUUCUACUUUGCUGGGAAUCCAUUCGAAUGCAGUUGUGAAAUGGCAUGGCUUUACCGUGGUCCCGGUAAAGAACAACUGAAGAUAAUUGAUGAAGAUGAAGCAGAAUGCUUUCAUGUUUACGAGAAACAAACGUUGGCUUUAUCAGAGGUUACAGAUGAACAACUUCUUUGCUCUUAUAAACAGUUUUGCGGAUUUAAAUGUCCAUGCUGUGAAUUUUCUGUCUGUUACUGCCACUCCAAGUGCCCAGCUGGUUGUGAUUGUUAUCGAAGUUACAAUGCUUCCACAAAUAUUGUAAGAUGUACAGGCCUGGAAGGAGAAGAUCGGAAACACUUUGAUAUUCGACAGCAAAUUCCCAAUGAAGCAACUCAUAUAUACCUCGAAAGGAUGAAUCUUUCCAACAUCGCAAGACAUUCUUUUCUUGGUCUCUUGCUUCUAAGACAGCUGCAUAUUAAUGCGUCUGCGAUCAAAAAUAUUGAAAAGCAGGCGUUUAAAAGUUUACGAUCGUUGAAGGUGUUGGAUUUGUCAGAUAACGAGCUUGAAAAAUUUACUGGUGAAGAAUUCAACGAAGAAACGGAGCUCACACAUUUGUUUCUCAAUAAUAAUCGACUUCAGUCAUUGCCUGCAACAAUCCAAGAAAAACUGCCAUCUUUACAGUUUAUAACUUUGCACAACAACAAUUUUGAGGACCUACCAGAAGCUGUGGAAGUAUAUGGUGAAGCUGUGUCGAAGAUGUCACUUGGCAAAAAUCCCUUUAGAUGUGACUGCACGGAUCGUUUUAAAAUGCAGGGUUGGCUUCUAGACAACUUAAAUCGAGUUGUAGAUGCAAUUAGCAUAGACUGCGUGGAAAACGUCACUGAAGCUUUCUUGAACAACGAUACAACCGUGUUGAGUGCUCGGCCACCUAAUCAAGGAGCUGAUAUUUUUGCUAUGAACAUGUUAAAUUUUAUUCAGAAAGCAAAUAGAUCAAUUUGCAUUCCGGAAGCCGACGGGAUUUUCAGUAUCCAGAAGCCAACUAACUAUAUUUUAAUACUUAUUGGAGUGCUGGUACCGUUUUGCCUUGUAAUGUGUCUUGUAGUUUUUGGCCGAGUGGUACUUCGUAAGACACAUGAAGCAAUGGCUCAACGCCGAUACAAAUGUCCACCUUCGCUGAACUGUUCUCAAAUAACUCCUGGCUCAAGUCCUGUUCCUUUGAUCCAUUUUGAUGCAUUUAUUAGUUAUGCAAAAAAGGAUGAAAAGCUUGUGAUCGAUGCAUUGUGCAGGCAACUUGAGUACGAGGAAUAUCUGUUAUGUUUGUUACAUCGUGAUGGUCCUGCGUACAAUAUCCGACUACAUUCUGUUUCUGAUGAGCUAAUCAAUCAAAUGGAGUGUUCUAAGGCAUUAAUAUUAGUGUUGACACAAAAUUUCCUUGAUGGCGAAUGGAAAACACUUCAGAUAAAAACUUCUCAUCGACUGUUUGCCAAAAGUCGAGGAAAGAAGUUGAUUGCUUUGUUGGGUGAUGGAAUUGAACCAAAUCAAUUGGACGCUGAAUUAGGUCAAAUUUUACGGAAGAAUACUUGUAUUAGGAUGAGUGAUCCUUUAUUUUGGAAUCUGUUGCAUUCUGCUCUUCCGGAAAGGAUAUCACCUUCCACAUGCAGUGGUGAUUCGUCACAAAUUUAUUCGGACUGUUAUGGAACUAUUGUACCAAGUGAUAUUGUUUAG